GCGCGGCUCUGCGCUCGAGGGGGAGCAGCAUCAUGGUUCAACGUGGGUCAAUUUUUUGUGAAUGAGGAGGGGAGGUUGUGGGGCCGCUGCCGCGGAGCACCAUCCCCGCCGCCGCCCGAGCCCGAGCCCGCGCGCCUGCUCGCGCCGCCGCCGUCGCCGCGCCGCCUCGCCCGGCCCGCUCAACGCGACUGCUGUCGCCGUCGCCGCCAGAGCCCCCCCGCCCGCCGGCGGCGGCGCAGGCUGAGGAGAUGCGGCUCGGGCGCCCGAGCAGGGCUAGACGCGGCCCGCCGCCGCCGCGGUUCAUCUCUGCAAGGCCAGGUGACAACUUCUGCUCUUCUUGUGGAUUACUUGGUUUACAAGACGCUGCCAGUGGGACUUCGAGUUUGCGCAGCUGGGACUCGGGCCUCCUCAGUUUUGUACCUGCAUGUUCGCGUGGGAAUUUGGAGCGUGUUGGAGCCACUGUUUACCUGGACAUCUUGAGCCAUUUCGAACUUAAGGCACUGACGCUGCUAGCAAUGAGCUCCCAAAGCCAUCCAGAUGGACUUUCUGGCCGAGACCAGCCUGUGGAGCUGCUGAAUCCUGCCCGCGUGAACCACAUGCCCAGCACGGUGGACGUGGCUACAGCGCUGCCUCUGCAGGUGGCCCCUGCAGCAGUACCCAUGGACCUGCGCUUGGACCACCAGUUCUCACUGCCCUUGGAACCUGCACUGCGGGAGCAGCAACUGCAGCAGGAACUCCUAGCACUGAAGCAGAAGCAGCAGAUCCAGCGGCAGAUCCUCAUUGCAGAGUUCCAGCGUCAGCAUGAGCAGUUGUCCCGACAGCAUGAGGCACAGCUGCAUGAACAUAUCAAGCAGCAGCAGGAGAUGCUGGCCAUGAAGCACCAGCAGGAGCUGCUGGAGCACCAGCGGAAACUGGAGCGGCACCGGCAAGAGCAGGAGCUGGAGAAGCAGCACCGUGAGCAGAAGCUGCAGCAGCUCAAGAACAAGGAGAAGGGCAAAGAGAGUGCUGUGGCGAGCACAGAGGUGAAGAUGAAGCUGCAGGAGUUUGUUCUCAACAAGAAGAAGGCUCUGGCCCACCGGAACCUGAACCACUGCAUGUCCAGCGACCCCCGCUACUGGUAUGGGAAGACACAGCACAGCUCCCUUGACCAGAGCUCUCCACCCCAGAGUGGGGUGUCAGCCUCCUACAACCACCCUGUCUUGGGAAUGUACGACGCCAAAGAUGACUUCCCUCUUAGGAAAACAGCUUCUGAACCUAACCUGAAAUUACGGUCAAGGCUUAAGCAGAAAGUAGCUGAGAGACGGAGCAGCCCCCUGCUGCGCAGGAAAGAUGGCCCUGUGGCCACUGCUCUAAAAAAGCGACCCCUGGAUGUUACAGACUCCGCAUGUAGCAGCGCCCCUGGCUCCGGUCCCAGCUCCCCCAAUAGCAGCUCUGGCAACGUCAGCACCGAGAAUGGCAUCGCACCCACGGUGCCCAGCACUCCAGCUGAGACGAGCUUGGCACACAGACUUGUGACUCGAGAAGGCUCUGUUGCCCCACUUCCUCUCUAUACAUCACCAUCCUUGCCCAACAUCACCCUGGGACUUCCUGCCACUGGCCCUGCUGCUGGUGCAGCAGGCCAGCAGGAUGCUGAGAGGCUUGCUCUCCCAGCCCUCCAGCAACGAAUCUCCUUGUUCCCUGGGACCCACCUCACCCCAUACCUGAGCACCUCACCCCUGGAGCGGGACGGUGGAGCAGCUCACAACCCCCUCCUGCAGCACAUGGUCCUGCUGGAGCAGCCCCCCACCCAGACACCCCUUGUCACAGACUGGUAUCUUUCAGGCCUGGGGGCGCUGCCCCUCCACACACAGUCCCUGGUUGGUGCGGACAGGGUGUCCCCAUCCAUUCACAAGCUGCGGCAGCACCGCCCUCUGGGGCGCACGCAGUCAGCACCCCUGCCGCAGAACGCACAGGCCCUGCAGCACCUGGUGAUCCAGCAGCAGCACCAGCAGUUUCUGGAGAAGCACAAGCAACAGUUCCAGCAGCAGCAGCUGCACCUCAGCAAGAUGAUUUCUAAACCCAGUGAGCCACCUCGGCAGCCUGAGAGCCACCCGGAGGAGACAGAGGAGGAGCUCCGUGAACACCAGGCCUUGCUGGAUGAGCCCUACCUAGAUCGGCUCCCUGGGCAGAAGGAGCCCUCUCUAGCUGGUGUGCAGGUGAAGCAGGAGCCCAUUGAGAGUGAGGAGGAAGAAGUAGAGGCCACUCGAGAGGCGGAACCCAGCCAGCGCCCAGCCACUGAACAGGAGCUUCUCUUUAGACAGCAAGCUCUUCUGCUGGAGCAGCAGAGGAUCCACCAGUUAAGGAACUACCAGGCAUCUAUGGAGGCUGCUGGCAUCCCUGUGUCAUUUGGCAGCCACAGACCUCUGUCUCGCGCACAGUCCUCCCCAGCAUCUGCCACCUUCCCCAUGUCAGUCCAGGAGCCCCCCACCAAACCAAGGUUCACCACAGGCCUUGUGUAUGACACACUGAUGUUGAAGCACCAGUGCACCUGUGGGAACACCAACAGCCACCCAGAGCAUGCUGGGAGGAUCCAGAGCAUCUGGUCCCGCCUGCAGGAGACUGGCCUCCGUGGCAAGUGUGAGUGCAUCCGCGGACGCAAGGCCACACUGGAAGAGCUGCAGACAGUGCACUCGGAGGCCCACACACUCCUCUAUGGCACAAACCCUCUCAACAGACAGAAACUGGACAGUAAGAAACUUCUAGGCUCGCUGACCUCCGCGUUUGUCAGGCUUCCUUGUGGUGGUGUUGGGGUGGAUAGUGAUACCAUAUGGAAUGAGGUGCACUCGUCUGGGGCAGCCCGCCUGGCUGUAGGCUGUGUAGUGGAGCUGGUCUUCAAGGUGGCCACGGGAGAGCUAAAGAAUGGCUUUGCUGUGGUUCGUCCCCCAGGACACCAUGCCGAGGAGAGCACACCCAUGGGUUUCUGCUACUUUAAUUCUGUGGCAGUUGCAGCCAAACUUCUCCAGCAGAGGUUGAAUGUGAGCAAGAUCCUCAUUGUAGACUGGGAUGUGCACCAUGGGAAUGGGACCCAGCAGGCCUUCUACAAUGACCCCAAUGUUCUCUACAUGUCCCUGCACCGCUAUGACGAUGGGAACUUCUUCCCAGGGAGUGGAGCACCAGAUGAGGUGGGCACAGGGCCAGGCGUGGGUUUCAAUGUCAACAUGGCCUUCACGGGUGGCCUUGAUCCCCCCAUGGGAGACGCCGAGUACCUGGCAGCCUUCAGAACGGUGGUCAUGCCAAUCGCAAAUGAGUUUGCCCCAGAUGUGGUACUGGUGUCCUCGGGCUUCGAUGCUGUGGAGGGCCACCCCACACCUCUUGGAGGGUACAAUCUCUCUGCCAAAUGUUUCGGGUACUUGACAAAACAGCUGAUGGGCUUAGCUGGUGGCCGGAUCGUGCUGGCCCUGGAGGGAGGCCAUGACCUGACAGCCAUCUGUGAUGCUUCUGAAGCAUGUGUUUCUGCUCUGCUGGGAAAUGAGCUUGAGCCUCUGCCAGAAAAGGUUCUACAUCAGAGACCCAAUGCCAAUGCUGUCCACUCCAUGGAAAAAGUGAUGGGCAUCCACAGUGAGUACUGGCGCUGCCUGCAGCGUUUGUCCCCCACUGUGGGGCACUCUCUGAUUGAGGCGCAGAAGUGUGAGAAUGAAGAAGCUGAGACAGUCACCGCCAUGGCCUCGCUGUCUGUAGGCGUCAAACCUGCUGAGAAGAGAUCUGAGGAGGAGCCCAUGGAGGAGGAGCCACCACUGUAGCCGAAGCUGCUGUUCUCUCCUUUGUCUGUCUGUCUUAAGGCUCAGCCAAGAAACUUUCCCGUGUCACUCCUGCGUCCUGCCUUGGUGCUCUCUCUGAGUGCGAAGGGACAGCAGGUGUGUAGCAGCAACGGGAGGCCUUUCUGCCGCCCUGGACCACAGGUCUGGAGACGCACACGAACACCAGGUGUGGCAGAUCACAUGGAACACAGGACAGCGCGCAACACAUGGGCACACAGACAUGCCGCAGAAGCCAAGCACACGCUGGUGGGGUCCCCCAGGAAAGCCACAAAGGAAGAAGCUUGUGGCAACUUGGGCAGAGUUGCUGAAUCGAGUUGACAUGAGGAAAAUGAAAAUCAAAGAUCUAAUAAUACAGAACAAACUUGAUUAAAACUGGUGCUUAACAUUUGAUUCUUACCCACAAUCCCACAGUCUCCGUGUAAACCACUCAACUCAUCUUGUAGCUUUUUUUUUUUUAAAAAAAAAAACAAGAAAACAAAACAGUUUUCUAUGGCUCUGGCCUGCCUUGUGAACCUUAGUGGGGUGCUGUGGGGGUUCACAGCUUAGCGAGGACGGUUGGAAGAAACGUCAAAGAAUAAAAAACUGGACAGAACAGAAAUGGGAGCCUGGGAGUCAGCUGGAGCUUCUCGAAGCCAUCGGAAGAUGCGAGUUUGUGCCUUUUUUUAUUGCUCUGAUGGAAUUUUUUGUGGCUGGGUUUUCUGAAGUCUGAGGAACAAUGCCUUAAGAAAAAAAAAAAAAAAAAAACAAAACAAAACACCAGUAAGAAUUGGUGUGACAGUGUCCUGUGGCUGGCUGAGUCUAGUGAUGCUGGCCUGGCAUUACAAGAGUGGCACCAGCCACUGUCCCUGAGGGCCGAAGUACAGCCAGCCAGCCUUGCUUGGUUUGAUCACCAUUUAAGGAAGGUGAGGUAGUUCCAAAAAGCAGCGAACGCCGCCGCCGGCACCGCCACCGGCAGUUUUGAAGUCUAACACGUUUUUAAACGGAUCCAAAGUGUUCUUUUCUCAUCCGUCACAUAGCAGUUGAGCAUCUCCAUUCGGUUGUGAAGCAUGUCGUAGGCACACUGCAGUGUUACGAUCGGAAUGCUUUUCAUUAAAAGCAGGUAGCAUGAAGUAUUGCUUAAAUUUUAGGUAUAAAUAAAUAUAUAUAUAUAUGUAUAAUAUAUAUUCCACUGUAUUCCAAGCUAAGAAACUUGAUUCUUAUGAGAUCUUGAUAAAAUAUUUAUAAUGCAUUUAUAGACAAAGUAUAUAUAAAUAUAUAUAAUAAAUCCAGACCGCAGAGGUCCUGGCAGGCGAAAGACGUGUGUGUUAGCUCUGAGGUGCUGAGGGCUGGGUCUGGAUUGAAGCCCACGGAUUUCUGAGCUCCAGAUUGGCCAGCUUCCAGAUUGCCAGCAUGUUCACCCCUGGGCAAUUUCCCUACCAGUUUGUACUUUAAUUUUAAUUAUUUUCUAACAAAACCUCUGCCCUUUCCAAGCCUCCAUGCACAUAUGUACCUGAUGAGUUUUUAUAGCAAAAGAUAUAAACUUACUGUUGAUUUUUGUAUGAAUUUUUCACAAAAAGAUCCUGAAGAAAACAUUAUUUUGUGGAUUUUACAUUUUUCCCCUUACCAUUCAGCAGUUUUCUGAAGGUGGUAAUGUCUGAAACUUUUUCUUUCUAAAUUCUUACUUGUACAUUUUUUUUAGCUCUGAAGGUUAUUUUUAUGGUUUGAUUUUGUUUCUUUUUGUACAGCAAGCAGGGCUCUGCUUUGAGCAGGACUGCUGCUGUCAUGCUUGGUUUUCUAGAGCAAACCUCUCGAGAUUGGGCAGCAGGUCUGCGUGGCACCCUUGUCUUGUCAAGCUCACCGGGAGCUGCACAGCCACGGGCUCCUGCCCCGCAACACUCAUAGUAUUACAAGGGCGGGCAGGCUGCAUGAGACACGAGGGCAGUCAGCAUCAAUGAGCGUGGACUUGUAACCACUCCAUCAGGAUAGAACUCCAGCUCUAGUUUCCCAAAGACCUUCGAGGCGAGUCCACAAGCACCUGCCCAGAGCCUGGCCCUGCACCUGUCAGCAAUUUCCAUUGCGGCCUCAUAACCUGGACUCUGGCUAGAGCCACAGCCCUGGGUUUGUAGCCUGUGGCUGCUGAACCAAGGCCUUUGUCCUUGUCCUGCAGGAACACACAGGGUCCUGAGGGACAGUCAGUCUUUGUCUUUGCUCUUUUUUUUUUCUAUGACAACUGACUUUUUAACUGCUAACUUCUUUUCUAGCACUUAAAGCCACCAAUUUCAUUCCAAAGUGGAGUUCAGACUGGCGAGAGGAAGUUGAGAUACUCAGAAGGGACAUCAAGCUAAGUUUCUGAAUUUGGUGGCAUUUACAGGGUAGAUGGGAACUGGGUCAACCUUUUAACCAACAGGCUGAGCACACAUUCUUGGACUUUUGAUCGCUGGGCUGCUAUGAGUGCUAAGCUAAGACAGUGGGUAGAGAGGUCUUAGGACAUGCCUGACUGUCCUCCCUGUGUCCCUUCUGGCCCUUGGCGGAAGGGACAAACUUGAGGGAGCCAUGCAGCCUCUCCCUUGCUUGUCACUGCAUGGUGACAGAGGCCAGCUAGCUGCUCUUCUGGCCUCCUUGGUCCAUUUUCUGCAUACCCUGCCACCUGCCCUCUUGUGCCAGCCACGACUCGUGGGAGCAUCAUCUUACCUUUUCAGGUGAUGGGUAGCAGGCCACUCAGUGGCCAGGGUACUGUGAGAGGAACUCACUUUGGUCCUAUUCAGUCACCCUUUGAUGCAGGGGCCUGGCCAGGGAGCCAGCUCACUCCAGCUUCCCUGGGAGCUGAAAGCAUUACCUACCAUAUAGCCUUUUCUCCCCUUUGAAGACACGUGUGGCCCUUCCUCACAGUCAUCACCCAGGGCAGAGGGUAGAAGGUCGGCCUUGACCUCCAGGGCAGGACCACAGCACUCCCCUGCCUGGACCUCGAACCUUCCACCUUCUCCCUUCCUUUGCAAAGGCCUUGGUGGGUGCUGGCAAGGGAGCCGGAGCAAGCACUUUACACCCCUUUAAGGGGAGCCCGAAGGCACCGUGUCCUCAGGGUGCUGGUGUUCGCUCACCCUUGGGGCUUCCACCUGCACCCUGAGAGCCCACGCCCCACCAGCAGGCGGCUGUUCCCAAGGCCACCACCCACUGGGACAUCCCAGGGCUCUGGCUUGAGGGCUGCUUUAUGAAAGUGUUUCAGUUUUUCUUUAUUUUCAAAUCUGUCCCCAAGAGGAAGGACCAUCCUGCAGUGGUCUCCGCAGCACUGGUGAUGGACUCAGUCAUGUUUCUUUCCUCAGAACAUUCCUUCUUCACUGGUCCCAGCCACGUGCUCAUUCCAUCCUUCUUUUUGUAGACUUUGGGCCCAUGUAUUUUAUGGGCAUUGAUACAUAUAUAAAUAUAUAGAUAUAAAUAUAUAAAUAUAUUUUUUUAAGUUUCCUACACCUGGAGGUUGCAUGGACGUACGCCGGCAUGUCUUUAUAUUGUAUACAGAUUUUGCACGCCAAACUCGGCAGCUUUGGGGAAGGAGAAACAAUGCCUUUCUCUCCCCUCUCAUGAUGUUUGCAGAUGCAGAAAUUUUUUUCUGUAAAACAAAACAAAACCUUGAAGGAGAAGAGGGGGGAGUUUGAGUCUUACUGAACUUAUUCUUAAGAAAUUGUACUUUUUAUUGUAAGAAAAAUAAAAGGACUACUUCCACACUCGUCAUUAAGAAAAGUUUACCUAGCACCUUUGACAUACCGAUAGAGAGUCGAUUGUAUCCACACGCAAGCUCCACAUUCAGACCCUGCUGCCUGUCUGUCAAGCUGGCUGGGGGCGUUUUCUUUUGUUUUGUUGGUUUUCUCCUUCUCUCUCCCCGCACAGGGCCAGGUGCACCCUGCCUGCUGUCACUGGCCUCUGGUCGAGAACCUGAGGUUCUGGUGAGUCCCUGUCUCAGCACAACUGUGUCGAUGGGUUCAUUCCUUCUAGAAGACACGGGGCUGGGGUUCUGCACUGGGCAAUCCAGGCCUUUGUGAGCCCUAGGUCUAAAUGACACUUGGCACUGGAGGAAACUAUUUCUCCCUCUCAAGGAUCCGGGUGUGCUCUGCGCCCGGCCUUGAUGGCCUCACCGGCCUUGAGUUGAUCAAAGUCUACUAUGGAAAGAGAAGAAUGCAGACAGGCCUUGUUCGGGGAUGUGCACUCCAGUGAGGAGGUACCGUUUCCCGAUCUGUAAGAAUGUUAAACAUGCUGUUUUCAUGUAUGCACAGGAGGCUGACCUCUGUCAGCAAGAGCUCACUACAGAAGUGUGGUCCAAGCCACCGGAGCGCUGCCACAUGAUGCCGUGUGUGCUCCACAGCCUCGACCGCCUUCACUCUGUAACAGCCUGUUUUCUCUUUGAUUGUCUGGACCUCCCCUCCUUGGCGCUUUCUCCUCCUGGCGGGGUCGGGGGUCAUGUUUGGUUUUCUCAUUCUUGUUUCGUUUUUUUUGUGUGGUGGGUUUCACUGACCGGCGGUGCCCUCUGGCGGUCACCUCUUUCCACCUCCCGGGUCCAGUGUUUGUACCACAUCACACACUUGUCGCUCUCGUGGUGUAAAUAAAGACUGCGUUAAUUGCCCUCCCA